AUGACCACUCCGGCCCUGCUGCCUCUUUCUGGGCGCCGGAUCCCGCCUCGCAACUUGGGUCCAUCCUCCUCUUUCCCUCAUCACAGGGCUACCUUGCGGCUCUCCGAGAAAUUCAUCCUCCUGCUGAUUCUCAGUGCCUUCAUCACUUUGUGUUUCGGGGCCUUCUUCUUCCUGCCGGACUCCUCGAAACACAAACGCUUCGACCUGGGCUUGGAGGAUGUCUUGAUUCCUCACGUGGACACCGGAGAAGGGGGGAAAAACGUGGGUGGAUACUUGAUCCACGGGCAAGGCCAUGACCAAAACAGGCACAGAGAAGAGGAGGAGCGCUUGAGAAAUAAAAUUCGUGCAGAUCACGAAAAAGCUCUAGAGGAAGCAAAAGAGAAACUGAAGAAGUCGCGGGAUGAGAUCCAAGCAGAAAUUCAAACCGAGAAGAGCAAGAUAGCGAAGGGCCUGAAGAAUAAAAGCAGCAAGCCUCUGCCUCCGGUCCCCGUACCAAAUCUUGUAGGGAUAAACAGUGGAGAUCCAGUAGAUCCAGAUAUUCGAGAAAAAAGGGACAAAAUUAAAGAGAUGAUGAAACAUGCCUGGAAUAAUUACCGACAGUAUGGAUGGGGACAUAAUGAACUGAAGCCCAUUGCUAGGAAAGGACAUUCCACCAACAUAUUUGGUAAUUCACAAUUGGGUGCUACCAUCGUAGAUGCAUUGGAUACCCUCUACAUUAUGGGCCUCCAUGAUGAAUUCAAAGAAGGGCAGGAAUGGAUUGACAGUCACCUUGAUUUCAGCGUGAAUUCAGAGGUAUCUGUCUUUGAAGUCAACAUCCGCUUCAUUGGUGGCUUGCUUGCAGCCUAUUACCUUUCUGGUCAGGAGGUAUUUAAAUUAAAAGCAGUCGAACUAGCAGGAAAACUUCUUCCUGCCUUCAAUACACCCACUGGGAUUCCUUGGGCAAUGGUGAAUUUGAAAAGUGGUGUAGGCCGCAAUUGGGGCUGGGCUUCUGCUGGUAGCAGUAUCCUAUCUGAGUUUGGUACACUUCACAUGGAAUUUGUACACCUGAGCUACUUGACUGGCAAUCCUGUCUACUAUGAUAAGGUCAUGCAUAUUCGUAAGCUACUUCAAAAAAUGGACCGCCCUAAUGGGCUUUAUCCAAACUACUUGAAUCCAAGGACUGGGCGCUGGGGGCAGCAUCACACAUCCAUGGGUGGUUUGGGAGAUAGUUUCUAUGAGUACUUGCUGAAAGCGUGGCUGAUGUCAGAUAAGAUGGACAUGGAAGCAAGGAAAAUGUAUGAUGAUGCUAUUGAGGCCAUAGAGAAACACCUUAUCAGAAAGUCCAGUGGAGGCCUAACUUUUAUUGGGGAGUGGAAGAAUGGGCACCUUGAGAGAAAGAUGGGCCAUCUCACAUGCUUUGCUGGGGGAAUGUUUGCUCUUGGAGCAGAUAGUUCCCGAGAUGAUAAGGCUGGACACUACCUACAACUUGGCGCAGAAAUUGCACAUACCUGUCAUGAAUCGUAUGACAGGACAACAUUAAAACUGGGUCCUGAAGCUUUCAAAUUUGAUGGUGGUGUGGAGGCAGUAGCAGUGCGCCAGAAUGAAAAAUACUACAUUUUAAGGCCAGAGGUGAUAGAGACCUAUUGGUACAUGUGGCGAUUCACGCAUGAUCCAAAAUACAGGCAGUGGGGCUGGGAGGCAGUACAGGCUAUUGACAAGUAUUGCCGAGUGAGUGGUGGAUUUUCAGGGGUCAAGGAUGUCUACUCAUCAGCUCCUACAUAUGAUGAUGUACAGCAAAGCUUCUUCCUUGCUGAAACACUAAAGUAUUUGUAUCUUCUGUUCUCCAAUGAUGAUCUCCUACCUUUGGAUCACUGGGUUUUCAACACAGAAGCUCACCCCUUGCCUGUUUUACAUCUAGCCAACACAACACUUUCAGGAAAUCAUGUGUAUCGAUAGAAACUGUUCUGGGACAAGGACAAAAUACUUUGUUUUAGCUGUGUUUUGUUUACAUGGACAACUAAAGACUUAAGGCUUGAGAGAAGAUUGGCAUUUGUUUAAUUAAUGAAGACAUUUGAAUUGUGAGAGGAUCAAAACUGCACUGUUCAGCAUGUACAUAAAUUUAAAAAUUCCAUUUUAUACAUGACCAAAACAAUCGAGUGCAGUGUGUGUCAGCGAGAGACCUUGUAUAUUUGCAGUUGAGAAAGUGGAGCAUGGUGUUUUUAAGAAUUCAGAGCCCAUGGAAACAUGUUUGCUGCCCUGUGACAGGAGUGAAGUGGAACUGCUACUACUCAUCUUGCAGUGAACUAUCUCCUGCCCAUAUGAUGUGGAUUCCUGAUAUAUGUCAUUUGCUUUUUCUUCUGGUGAUGGCAUGAGCAAAACAAUGGCAGGCCACAAAAGUGCACUAGUAGCACCCAGAUCUGAAACUCCUCUACUCUUGUUUAGAAUUUUCUACUUUUCAUCAGUCUGUCUAGACUGGCAGCCAUUCCCAGUGCCUCUCAGACCCUUGCCUAUUUUUAUUAUUGUUCAUAAUAAUAAUAAUGAUCAACCAUUUGUUCUUGUAGUAUUGUUCAUCAGUAAAUGAGAGACGGAAAAGAUCAACAACUUCUCUCCAGCUGUCAUUUUAGGAUCUGGAAAGAUUUAUGCGCUGCAGAGUUGCUUCUCACACCAUUAUGACAAAACUUCCCAAUGCAUCUACCACUUGGUCAAGAUUCCGUUCAUCUAAGUUGCAAUAACUUAAAAUUGUCUACGAAGCCUGGAGUUUCAUUAAACUCUGUUUUUUUAUUUGUAUGGCAUUCAAAAAUGGAAGAACUGUUCUGUAAGAUAUGUUUUUACAAGUCCUCUGAGUAAGACUGUUACCUGGAUAAAAUGGUGCUCAUUUUUUGGAUCUUUUGUAAAAGCUGGAGUCUAAGGAGGAGUUUGUCAGCCUUCAUUUACCUAAUAGAAAUCAUACCACUUGAUUUCCAAGUAACUGGAAACGUAACACCUACUGGUAUACAUGAUAGUAGAGAACAGAUUAAUAGAAAUGUGAGUGUGAUUUUUACUUUGCAAUUCAUUCUUGUCAUUAUUAAAUGCCAUUGACAACAAUUUGAGGUAGAAAGUGCUCCUUUCCUGUCAACCCCCCCUUCCAGUUAAAGAGUAUCUUUGAGUAUUGGUUUUUCUGACCUGGAUAUUUAAACAUUUUGUGUGAUUAUUGCUCAUGUAUAUUGGAAUCUGAUUUCCUGGUGAAUACAGAUCACAAGCUUU